AAUGGCGGACGAAGUAGCAAAAAGUGAGAAAGUAUUAUUGUAGUGAAUAUUUCUAUAUCUAUUAAACUUGAAAUUUAUGUAUUGAAGUUUGAAAGUGUUCUUACACUAUGGGCGAAACAUUGGGCGAUGCAUUUUGGCUUAUUAUAGUUGCUAUUAUGUGGGGCUCUACCAACCCUCUUAUCAAGAAGGGAAGUACAGGAAUAGAACAAGUCAGGCGAAGUAAUGCUUUGAUGCAGUUUGUAGCUGAAAUAAAGUUCCUGGUUUUCAACUGGAAGUACAUGGUUCCAUUCUUGUUGAAUCAAAGUGGGUCUGUAAUAUUCUAUUUAACAUUAGCAUCUGCAGACCUUUCUCUUGCUGUUCCAAUAACAAAUUCCUUGACAUUUCUCUUUACGAUYCUCACUGGAAGAUUACUUGGAGAGGAGAGUGCUUCUAAAGAAACCUAUGCAGGAAUGGCACUUGUAAUGGCUGGAGUAACACUGUGUGUUUUGGACAGAACAUAAAUUUGUGGGCUGCUUGCUGGUGUGCUCAAGAAUCACUCAUUUUCUUGGUGUUUGCAAUAAGUAGAGAAUGUCAUCUGUCAUGUUACAAAAUCAAUGACAUUAUGUGAACCACCAAACAUGUGGUGUACAAAAACAACCUAUCAUUUUGCUGUUCUAAUCAAAUUUUGUACAGUCUUUGACAUGAAGAUCAUGUUAUAAGUGUACCAGAUGUGUUAAAUGUAUCAGAAUUAAGAACAUUCUUUCAAUGCUAAGUCAUGUUUUCACUAUCAGAGAUCAUAGAUGAGAAAACUGACACAGCGAAAUCACUAAACCUGUGAAAUAGAUAUUAGCCUAAUACACAUUAGUAGACCGAAAUUCCAUUAUUUCAUGUCUAUUUGACUUUUACACGUUGACUAAUAUUUUUUAUUUCAUGGGUUAAAUGCCUUCACUCUAUCAGAUAUGCCUUUAGCCUUAGUGACCAAUCUUGACUAUAGAUCAGAAACAGCAGUCACUCUUCAUAUGCCACAUACUCCAGGCUUUGAUUGGCAGAAAGGUGUGGUCUGUUCUGAUUACAACCUCAAUCCUGAGGUUUUCAUUUUUACUUGCCUAAAAGAUUAGACAUAGGAAACAAAUUUAAAGACAAAAACAACUGCACAACAAAUUAAUUUAAUAGAUAUCAAAACUAGUUUAUUUUUCUUUUGUACCAAAUAUUUUAAGACAGUUACAAUUACAGAAAUUUUAAGUAACUUUAAGCUAGCCUCAAAAAAGCAGAUUGCAAAACUUGAAAAUAUUAUCAAAUGGUCUUUGGUUACUUUGGMUGCAAAUUAUAACAAACUGAAACGUUUUAUUUAAUAUUAUCACAAAAUACACUUAUGCAAGAAUUUAACUUAUUUCUUAAAUAGUGCAGACAAAAACUCCUUAGAAAUUGUUUAUGGUCUCUUUCUUUUAUAAAAUAUUCACCUAUAACUACAGAAUUGACAUUUUAACCUUUCAUUUAACGUUUUGUUGACUCUAAACUACUCGUCACAAUACAAUUAUUGUCACGCUACAAACUGUUGCUAGAAUGCGUGACAACCAAAAAAGUCACGUUUGAAAAAAUGGCAUGAUUUCAUAACUAACUUAAACUAAUUUCAAUUGAGAAAUUAUAGUUCAUAGGUACUAACAUUUGAUAUUACUCCAGUUAACAAAUCAAUUGAAGACUUAAUUUGCAUAAGAACCAACGGGCCAGAUUGUUGAUUCUUUUUUAGUUAGAUGUUGAGAAUUUUCCUAUUUACUUUCACUAAAUGAGUAAUUUUCCCCAGAAUUACUCAAAAAGCAAAA